AUGUAUGAAAAUCAAAGUGACCAUAUCAAUCAGCUCUCACGUCAACUAAGACAUGCUAAUAUUGAUAUGUCUUCUGUUCAAAGAAGAACUGUGGGUUCGUCUCAAAAUAUUAAUGCUUCUGCUGAACAAUGGUCGUUUGGGAUCUUAGGAAAAUUUAUUGAUAAGAAAAAGAUGAAAAUGAGAGUUAUCAGAGAGGAGAUCAACUCUCUUUGGGCAAAGUAUCGUAAUAAUGAGAUUAGAGUCAUGGGUCUAAAUCUUAUCCUAGUGAAACUGAACAAUGAUGCUGAAAGAGAAGAAGUGAUUGCUGAUGGGCCAUGUCUGAUUGAUGGAGUUCUUUUUCACGUUCAAAAAUAUUAUGAGCAUAUACCGUUGAGUGAAUAUUUUUUUCAAAAACAAAUCUUUACUCUUCAUUUCAAAUAUUUGAAAAUGGAACAUAUGAAUGUGGUUGUUAUUGAUGAAGCUAUUGGCUUCAUAGGAAGAAAGAUUUCAACAAAACCGAGAAACUGCAGACCUCGUGCUGGAAACACAAUUAAGGCGAGGAUUAAGAUUGAUCUUCAAAAAUCUCUUCAUAGAGGUGGAUGGUGGAAGACCAGAAUAGAUGAGGAUGUGUGGAUCAGAUACCACUGGGAGAUUCAACCAAAAAAUAUUUGUCCAAAGUGUUUUGUAAUUGAUCAUAUGGAUGAUAAAUGUGAGGAUACUGCUACUCUGCUCUACUUGGAUAGUCUCAUUGCUGCUGAAUAUGAAUCAUUGCUGAAAGAAGGCGAUGAAGUUGAUAAAGGGGAUGAAGGAAAUACUGCUACAAACAUGAUAGAGGAAGAGUUAGAGGAAGAGUUAAUUGAGGAUGAAAAUCCUGUGAAUUCUAUAAAUGUCAAGCGCAUGAGGAACUCUUCUCUUAAUCAAGAACCAUCAAUGAAUCCCCAUAAUAUCCAUGUCCAACCCUCUUCCACUAUUCUAGGAGAAGACAAUACUAAUAUGGACCAUCUCAACAACUCUAUGAUGGAAGCGGAUGACUCAGCUGCAAUCACUUAUGCGCCAGUGAAUGAUUGUAUCAGAGGCUCUUCGCAGGUAUAUACAUAUCCCCUAAAUCUAGUUAAACUCUUUGCUUAUCCUGUUUUGAAACCUGUUUUCUUCAUUACUUCGAAGUAUUGCAAUUUUAGCAUCAUGAAAAUAAUAGCUUGGAACUGUCAAGGUUUUAAUGAUGUUAAUACUAGGAACCAUCUUAAGAACCUCUCUAUAAUUCAUAAUCCUGACAUUAUUUUUGUGCAAGAGACUAAGGUUAAUUCAGAUAAGAUUAUCAAGCUCUCGAAAAAUCUAGAUUUCCCUAAUAUAACUUAUGAAAAAUCCAUUGGUUUAUCUGGUGGUCUUCUCCUCUUGUGGAAGGAUGGAUUUGACUUUGAAAUAGUUUUCUCAUCAAUAAAUAUGUUUCAUUGUCUAGUAAAAACCGAAUCCUCUAAGCCAAAAUGGCUUCUAUCUUGCAUCUAUGGUUCUUGUAACCCUCAAGAAAAGAAAACACAAUGGGAAUUUAUUAGAGACAUAGGACUAGAAAUCCAAAAACCGUGGGUGUUAAUUGGAGACCUUAAUAUAACUCUAGAUCCUACUGAUAGGUGUGGAAGGUUCACUGCUUCUAGUUCUACUUCUCCUUCUAUAAUUCAAUGUGUGCAUGAUGCUGGUCUCAUUGAUCUCCAUUAUAAUGGUAAACCAUAUAACUGGACUAGUAACAAACAUGAUACGGUGAAGGCGUGGAGUGUUAAUAUUCAUGGUAGUUCUUCUUAUAGAGUUAACCAGAAGCUUUUAGCCACAAGAAGGAGCCUCAGUAUAUGGAGUAGAGAGACGUUUGGUCAUAUCGACACCAACAUCAAAGAUCUGCAUUCCCAACUAGUUUCACUUCAUCUAUCUGCAAUAUCCCAAGAUAAUACUUCAUCAAUCAUUGCAGUGGAGAAGGAAAUAACCAAAUGGGAAAAUAUAAAAAAGGAUUUUUGGAUGCAAAAAAACAAAGACUCGUUUUACUUGGAUGUGGAUAAUAACUCUAAAGUGCAUCAUGCUAAUGAGAAUCGCAGAAGAUCUGGAAACAGAAUUGAUGCAUUGAAAGACAAAAAUGGGGUUUGGUGUUAUGAUCGUACUUCCUUAUCCAAUUUACUUUCUUCACAUUUUCAGGAAAUCAGUUCUACUUCGAAUCCUUCCUUAGAUGGAAACUUUCUGCAGCAUAUUCCAUCUGUUAUCACUAAUCAAGAAAAUGAGAGAUUAAUUGCCAUUCCAACAGAGAAACAAAUUUUAGAUACAUUAAAAAGUAUAGAUCCGUGGAAGGCUCCAGGACCGGAUGGGUUUCCACGAGGGUUUUACUUAACUCAAUGGGAAACGAUAAAAGAUGACGUAGUCUCCAUGAUACAAGAUUUAUUCAGAACUGGAUUCGUCAGCAAGAAACUAAAUCAGACUAGACUCAUGCUAGUCCCAAAGGAAAAUACACCACGCUCCCGUGCUGACUAUAGGCCUAUUGCAUUAUGCAAUACCUCCUAUAAACUUAUAUCAAAACUGAUGGCGAGAAGAAUGAAGCAUCUGUUAAAUAUAGUAGUAUCUCCUCUUCAAUCUGCGUAUGUCCCAGGCCGUCUCAUAUCAGAUAAUGUAUCUCUUGCACUGAGAUAA